AUGCAAUGUAUGGUUUCUUUUCGUCAGCUACAUCCUGAGCAUAUCCUUAUAAAAGGUCUGGAUGAGUCCUUUCUUUUACCUUGUCCGGAUGGGAGGCCACAUUUUCCAGCAAACGAAGCUUUCUCGGAUGGAUCUCCUCAUCGACGAGCUCAGUCCACGGCCUUGAGUUCACUGCAAUCGCUGCCUGCAAACACUCUUGUCGGUCGGCUUCCAGCCAUGCUGAACUCCAAUGACCUAAGUGUUAUUUCUGUGGGUCUGACUAUUCGCAGCCUCCUUCUGCCUCUAGAAAUGCCAACCCCACUUCAAGGCUUCCGUAUUCCUUCUUGCGAGCUGCCUCUCAGCCUACUUGAUCUUUUCUCCCCUAGUCGAUAUAGUCUCUAUCGUGAAUUGACCAGGUUGGCUCGGUGCGCGCUUCUUCAUUUUUCCAAGGAGUCUAACCCACAAUCAGCAGUGCGCAGUCUUUUCUCUUGGCUGCAUAGCUACCAUGCCAUCUUUACUGUCCCUUGCAGUAAGUGUAACCAGCUGAUUGGUCAGAGCGCCAGUCUUCCUGUCUGGAGAACCUACGUUGGCCAUGACGCUCUACAUCUGCACUGCCAAGCAACUGUGCCUUAG